AUGAAGACCGUACUGUCCGCCGCUGCCCUGCUCAUCACGCUCUGUGUGGUCACUGAUGCCGUCCAGGUCAAAGAGGGAGACUUCACCUUCUCUUUGGAGUCAGUAAAGAAACUCAAAGACCUGAUGGGUGUUGACACAGCAGUAAAACAGAGCCCCCGUCUGGCGAAGACCAGCGCUGCAUCUGUCUGCACCAGCCCCGACCUGCCAGCGGAGUUCCGGCCCGUGUGUGAGACCAAAGGAGCGGCCAUGUCUUUCUUCAGACUGGGUUUUGUGGCGGCCCGCAUGGACCUGUGUGAGAUCUGUGCCUUUGCUGCCUGCACCGGCUGCCUCUUCAUGUCCUGA